CCCGACUCCGCCCCGUGUUUGUGCGGCUCGAGCCCCGCUCAGUGGCGCAGAGGGGCCGGGCUUGCAGGAGCCGCAUCCCCGAGGUCGGGCUGGGAGGACGGGCCGGGGCCGGGGCCAUGCUGGGCAAGGACUACAUGUUAGCUAUCAUCUUGGUCAACUGCGACGAUGACUUAUGGAGUGACCAGAGCCUAGAGGGAGAGCCCGGAUUGCCCCCUGGUUGGCGGAAAAUCCAUGAUGCUGCUGGCACCUACUACUGGCAUGUACCUAGUGGCAGUACUCAGUGGCAGCGCCCAGUCUGGGAACCUGGGGAUUCUAUGCCACCUGACUCGGGCACGGGAGGGGCAUGGGGAUUACGGCCCCCCAAAGGAAGAUCCUUCUCUAGCUUGGAAAAUUCACUGGACCGAAGGACUUCUCUGCCUUGGUGUGGGGAAGAAGCCUACAUCCGAAGCAUGGAACCAGGCUCCAAGUGCUUUGCAGUACGCUCUCUCGGCUGGGUGGAGGUGCCUGAGGAGGACCUGGCACCUGGAAAGAGCAGCAUUGCUGUCAACAACUGCAUUCAACAGCUGGCACAGAGCCGAGGUCAAAGUCGCCCUCCUGCUAGGGCUUGGGGUGAGGGUCAGAACAUGUUGAUGAUUCUGAAGAAAGACACGAUGAGUCUGGUGAAUCCCCUGGAUCACAGCCUAAUCCAUUGUCAGCCCCUUGUGCAUAUCCGAGUCUGGGGUGUGGGCAGUACCAAUGGCCGAGACAGGGACUUCGCCUUUGUGGCGGGUGACAAGGACACCUGCAUGUUGAAAUGCCACGUGUUUCGCUGUGAUGUCCCAGCCAAGGCCAUUGCCAGUGCCCUGCAUGGGCUAUGUGCCCAGAUCUUGUCAGAGAGAGCAGGGAUGAGCGGUGACCCUCCUCGAUGUUCCUUGGACCCCAUUUCCCCUGAGGAUCUACCCAGGCAAGUGGAGCUUCUUGAUGCGGUGAGCCAGGCUGCCCAGCAGUAUGAAGCUCUCUAUGUUGGGACCCUGCCAGUCAGUAAGGCCAUGGGGAUGGAUGUGCUGAAUGAAGCCAUUGGGGCCUUGACUUCCCAAGGGGACCAUGAUUCCUGGGCCCCAACUAUACUCAGCGUCUCUGACUCACUCAUGACUGCAUUUCCUGUCCAGGGACAGGCAGAACUGGGUGCGGAAGAAGAGCCACUGUGGCAAUGUCCAGUACGACAUGUGACCUUCAUUGGGGUUGGCCAUGACCCCCACACCUUUGGACUCAUCGCUGACCUUGGUCACCAACGGUUCCAGUGUGCUGCCUUCUGGUGCCAGCCCCAUGCUGGGGCACUCUCUGAGGCUGUUCAGGCUGCGUGCAUGGUACAGUACCAGAAGUGUCUUGUGGCCUCUGCAGCUCGAGGGAAGGCUCGAGGCACCCAAGCCCGAGCUCGACUUCGCCUCAAGCGGACAAGCUCUAUGGACUCAGCAGGAGGACCUGUGCCUCUCCCACUCCCCCUGCUUAAAGGUGGAGUUGGAGGUGCCGGGGCUGCCCCCCGUAAAAGAGGUGUAUUCUCCUUCUUUGAUUCCUUCCGCCUGAAACCCUCUUUAUUGCAUAUGCCCUAGAUUGAGCUGGGGAAGAUUGGGAAAGAGAGGCUUUAGGAACCCUGCCAGCAAUUUCACACCACUCAUAUUCUGGGAAUCUAACUGGCCACCCUACCACCUCUCUAUUCUCACCUGCCCCCAUGAUCUUUAAAGUCUUCCUUAUUUGACUUGUCUUCCUGCCUGCCCUAUCCCUAUGUCCUUUAUUACUAUAUUAGUGAUUUAUAUCGAAUAUUUAUUAAUCUUCUCUGGGUUGACUGCAGCCUCUAACCCUAUCCCAGACCCAUUUCCUUCCUUCCUUCCUGAUUCCUAUGAUCCCUGCCCCUGUCCAGUUCUGGGCAGUUGGCUCUACCUCAGCAACACUUUUUAGCAAAAUCAGUGCAAAUAAAAUCUCAGAGUGGCCUCA